GCAGACUGGGUUGGUAAUGUGUUCUCUCAUGGCUGUCACUGAAGCUGCUACCUGGAUCAGGUCCCUGAAGGUGGGCAUCAAAGGCAACAUCUUGAAUGCUGUGGCAUCAGCCCUGGAAGACCCAGCCUGCCAAGCCGUGUAUCUCUUCACCAAUGGACUCCAUGAAGGCAGAGUAGAGGAGCUCUGGAGAUACUUGAAAGAUGCAAAGCAAACCCGCCCUGUGCAUAUUGUCUGCUUGGUGGAAAGUGGAGAGGAGAGGAAAGACAGUGCAAGAAAAAUACUGGAGAAGGUAGCCAACGAGUCUGGUGGUUCCUGUCAAGUCCUCAACCUCAGCUCUAAUGGGACUUCCAGUGAGGAUAAGCCUGGUUGUACUGUAGGCAUUCCCUGUUCUCUUUGUAUCAGGAAACAGCAUUCCACCCCUUGGUUGGAUGGCCACUGCAGGACACAGUUCCCUUCAAGCACAUGGAGUCCAGAUUCUCCUAACAUAUUUCUGGAAGGAUCCAUAAAAGAAAACGUAGAGAAUUGGUCUUCAAAGUUUCACAACUUGCAAAGGGGGAUCAGAGUCUUAACUAGAAAACAGACAGAUGGGUAUUACUACCCAGGUCACAUUAUCCAAAAGGUGAAGGGCCGUAGAGAACAUGUUCUGAUCAAAUUUGAACAACUACAACAGUCACGGAAAGGGAAAAAACAUCCUCAGACACAAGAAACACCCCUCUAUGACAUUAUCGAUUAUGAAGAUAGCAGAUGGCAGCCAUUGGCUCCAGGAGAUGGGGUCCUAGCUCCAUGGGAGAAGAAUGGGCUACGGUGUGGCCCAGGCAUUAUCCUCCAGGUUAUAGAGGCUGAAUCACCUCAUUCAGUCUUCAAAAACAGCAAAGUGGUUGUUAAUUUCUGGAAUGGUCAGACCAAGAAAGUGCCUGCAGACAUCGCUGUGAAGAUCCCAUCUCCUUUGAGGGAACGCAUUGUCCUUGAGCUUCAGAUGCCCCUGACAGCCAGGGAAAUGUUAGUGGAACAGAGUCCAGAUUAUCCCUAUGUCGUGCCACCAGGUUACAGAGCUUCAGGGUCUCGCAGGCAAAAUCAUUUAGACUGGAUGCACUGCCAUGAUACCCACAAUGUCAAGUUUGCCGGCACUACCAGCAGCCCUGCCUGUCUCCCCCACUGCUGUUUCUGCUUUCCAUCUUGGAAAUCUGCUAGCUGCCCAGCAGGUAUGAGACAAGCAGGGGACUCCUCAGUCCCAGAACUCAAGCUGACAAGGAUGGAUGAGCAACUUUCAAAGGGGAGCGUUCCCAUUCUGGAAGGAGAUGAGAUGGAAAAGUGCAGCAAAGUAAAGAAAAAAAGCAACUUUGGAUUGAAAUCUGAUAAAAAGAUGGAAAGCAAAGAUACAACACCUAACAAGGUAUGUGAUCAUAUUUACUAAGUCAGUCAAAUUCAGUUUCAUGAGAUAAAAGAGUGUUUCCAUCAUUAUGAGUUUUGGUUCUUUCUCAAUUCUGACAAGACCAACUAAAAGAAGAUAUAAAGGAAGAUUCUGGUGUAGCUACUAAAACAGGCAAAUGUAAAAUGAGAAAGGUAUGUUAAGUGUGAAUAAGAUCAAAGGUAUUCUGGAGUCUUCUUGAAUAUAUUCAUAAAGUAAAGGGAUGGUGU